AUUCAUUUAAGACCAUUACAUGGGUGAAAGCUCUGUUUGUGGUAAAAUAAGCUGGAAGUUGAGUGCAUUAAAAUCAUUCAACUUCCCACUACUUCUUCACUUGCAAAACACUUGGCUGUUUUGUGUCGAGGUCAAAGCCUUGCAUUUAAUCUCCCACUGCUUCCCAACUGUAAUUUCUACAAUACUUUGCAUUAGACUUUGAUCCUUUUAGUUCAACAUUAUUUUUUAGAUCUGAUGCAGUUAAAUUCUGUCCACCCAUCUGAACAUUCAUCAAUGACAACGGUUAACCAGGAUCAAGUUCUUCCUCCUCCCAUGAAGGGCCAGAGGAAAAGGCGAUGUCUAAUUGCUAUUGGUGCAAUAUUACUACUGAUUUUGCUGCUAUUCAUCAUUCUCUUGAUCCUUGCAUUGACUGUGUUUAAGGCAAAACAACCCACCACGAAACUUCAAUCAGCAAAGGUUGAUGGGAUUGCGCCUCGACUGACUUUACCUAAUAUCAGUUUCCAACUCAACCUCACCCUUGACCUUAAAAUCCUUGUUAAGAAUCCUAACCAUGCUAGUUUCAAGCAUGGAACUGGUAAAAGUCUCCUUCUGUAUGAAGACAGUCAGGUUGGAGAGGCCGAUAUCUACCCGGGUUUGAUUCCAGCCACCGGCUCCACCACUCUUACAACCAGGGUUACAAUUCAGGUAGAUGAUUUUGCAUCCAAAUUAACCUCUUUGAUUUCUGACAUAAUAGGAGGUCAUCUGGUUUUGGAGACACGUUCAAAGAUUCCAGGCAGAGUCAACUUCUUGGGGAUUUUCAAGAAACAUAUUGUCGCUUCUUCUGAUUGCGAAUUUACUAUUGGUUUUCCUUCUUUGAAAAUUACCAAACAAGAGUGCAAGAACAAGUAUUGAUCCAUGUUGGCUCUUCAACUUUAAGGAAUGCGUGUUGAAAGAAUCAGAAUCAAAAUUAGAAGCAAGUUCUUUGUUUGAUAAUCUCAGAUGCCAUUUUUUCGGAGAUUGUAAUCUUUUUUUCUUCUUCAAGUUGAUGUACAGAGUUGUCACCUGUAAUUUAGAUGCUAUGAGUGGACUGGAGAUACUGUAUACAGAAGGAAAACUUUUAUUAUAUUAUCACCAUGUUUUUCUGAUGUAGAA